UGUGACGACUGAAGGAGGGGGCAACACUUCUGAUCGGAGGAGCAGCGGCGCAGGACAGUUCAGAAGAGCAGAGAGGAGAGGAGCAGUGCGGGAGAGACGGUGCCCAUCCGUCAACUAUAGCUGGAGGAACCCACACUAACAAACCCUUAUGGCUGCUUGAGAAAUAACGAUACACCCCCCCUCCCCCUUUUUCUCUCUUUCUCUGGGACUUUUGGCUUUUAGUAUUGUCCUGACCAAGAAGUUGUUGCAAGUCUAAUUAGUUGCUCCAAGUUGAAAAGUGAAUCCACUUGCCGUGGACGUCUUCUGGCGGUCAUGGAUACCCAUAUAAGAUGGAAAGUUAAACGGAGGAUAAGGGACGCCCAAAUCACUUUAGCGGUGAUUCUGCUUUUUGUCACAUCGCAUGCAAGUUCAGCGGAACCAGCAGACCUCUUGAAGAUUUUAGAUUUUCACAGUUUACCUGAGGGUGUUACAAAAACAACGGGUUUCUGCUCACAUCGGAGGUCAACACAAGGACCCGACGUGGCUUACAGAGUAUCCAAAGACGCCCAGCUCAGCGCCCCCACCAAACAGCUGUAUCCAGGUGAUGUGUUCCCGGAGGACUUUUCCAUCUUGGCCACGGUGAAGCCCAAGAAGGGCAGCCAGUCCUUCCUGUUGUCUGUGUACAAUGAGCAGGGCAUCCAGCAGCUGGGACUGGAAGUGGGACGCUCUCCCGUGUUCCUGUACGAGGACCACACAGGCAGACCCAGUCCAGAGGACUACCCCCUCUUCAGAGGAGUCAAUCUAGCUGAUGGAAAGUGGCAUCGAGUGGCCAUCAGUGUGCACAAGCAGACCAUCACCCUCAUUCUGGACUGUAAAAAGAAGACCGCCCAGAAGCUGCUCCGAAGCCCCAGCCCCAUCGUCGAUACCAAAGGAAUUAUAGUGUUUGGAACUAGAAUACUUGAUGAAGAAGUCUUUGAGGGAGACAUCCAGCAGCUAAUGAUUGUAGCAGACCAUCGUGCUGCCUAUGACUACUGUGAGCACUACAGCCCUGAUUGCGAAGUGCCAGUGCCCGAUCAGCCUCAGAACCAGGACCCCAACACAGACGAAUACAACACAGAGGAGGACAGCUACUAUUAUGAAUACCCUUACUAUGAGGACGUGGAUGGCAAGCCUUAUGAAUCAACCUCUGAUUCUGAGACAACCACAAAAGAAGUCAAGGUGCCAGGUGGAGACAGUGUGGUGACCACAGUGGAGGAGGUCUUGAGGGGCGGUUCUGAUGGCACCGGCAGCAAAGUCUUGACCUCCAUCUCCACAGGCUCCUCAUCCCCAGGCUCCUCAUCCUCUGGCUCCUCAUCCUCUGGCUCCUCAUCCUCAGGCUCUUCAUCCUCAGGCUCCUCAUCCUCUGGCUCCUCAUCCUCUGGCUCCUCAUCCUCUGGCUCCUCAUCCAGCAGCUCUUCGCCGAGCUCUUCAGGCACCGCCACCGGCGGAGGAGACGCCUACGGAGAAGAGGCCAGCCCUUACGACACCUACGACGCCUACGGUACCUACGAGACGUACUACGAUGAGACCACGGCGGCACCCGAUGGUGACACCUCUCGACGUGUCACCAUCACCAGCGUUGGCACCGGGGGUGAACUGGAUUUGGGAGCAGGGGGCAAGAUUGACUUGGGCGCAGGGACCGGAAUCGAAAGGAGCGUCAUCACCAGGGGAACAGGAGGUUCAAAGAUCAUCAUCAAUGACACAUCAGUGGGAGGUUCCUACGAUGACUACGGCGAUGAAUAUGAUUAUUACACCACCGGUGUUGGUGGCGGCAGCAGCAGUAGCAGUACAGGUCACAUUGGCGGUGGAGAAAGCAGCUCUGUGCACAUCAGUGGUGGAGGUGGUGGAGGCGGCGGAGGCGGCGCAGCUGGCGGAGGCGGCGUUGGCGGCAGUGACAGGACAGUUCACAUCAGCGGCGGCGAAGGAGGCGGCGGCAGCAGCAGCAGCAGUUCUACCAUCACUGUCGGAGGAGGUUCUGUCUCUGUGGGAGGAUCCUCCUCUGCUGGAGGUGGAUCAGCCAGUGCUGGCACCGGAGCCGGGGGGUCCAUCGACACGGGAGCCGGCCUUGGCGUGGGGGGCGAGAGCGACUACACCGAUCUGGAUCGGUUCAAGGAGGAGCACCUCACAGACUAUACUGAUUUAGAUAAUUACGACAACUUUGAUGACCUGAAUUACGAAGAAGAGCGGAAACUGCUGCCUGCGGAGACGGAUUCCUAUUAUGGAGAGGUCAACAGAGCUCAUGGCGAGAAGGGACAGAAGGGAGAGCCUGCUGUUAUUGAGCCUGGAAUGUUGGUGGAGGGUCCGCCUGGGCCUGAAGGCCCAACAGGUCUCCCCGGACCCCCAGGUUCUUCUGGCCCACCAGGCAGUCCUGGAGAUCCUGGAGAGAGGGGUCCUCCAGGUCGCGCUGGUCUCCCUGGUGCUGAUGGUCUGCCAGGACCCCCUGGCACUGUCCUGAUGCUGCCUUUCAGAUUCAGCGCCGGAGGUGACUCCGGACAGAAGGGACCUGCUGUAUCAGCACAGGAGGCCCAGAUGCAAUCAAUCAUGCAGCAGGCCAGGCUCGCUAUGCGCGGCCCUACAGGUCCAAUGGGUCUGACUGGCAGACCCGGCCCUCUGGGUCCUCCUGGUGUAUCGGGACUGAAGGGAGAGUCUGGAGAGGCAGGACCUCAGGGACCACGUGGACCUUUGGGAUCCCCUGGACCUGCUGGAAAGCCCGGCAGAAGGGGCCGUUCUGGAGCCGAUGGUGCCAGGGGCAUGCCGGGACAAUCUGGACCCAAGGGAGACAGAGGGUUCGAUGGUCUGGCUGGACUUCCUGGUGAAAAAGGACACAGAGGUGAACCUGGCCCGUCUGGACCUCCUGGUGCUCAUGGAGAGGAUGGAGAGAGGGGAGAUGAUGGAGAGAUCGGACCCAGGGGACUUCCUGGUGAACCAGGGCCACGAGGUUUGCUCGGACCAAAGGGACCUCAGGGACCUCCCGGACCCCCUGGCGUGACUGGAAUGGAUGGCCACCCUGGACCCAAAGGAAACAUUGGACCUCAAGGAGAGCCAGGACCUCCUGGACAGCAAGGCAACCCAGGUGCCCAGGGACUUCCAGGGCCCCAGGGAGCCAUCGGACCUCCAGGAGAGAAGGGACCUACUGGAAAGCCAGGCUUGCCAGGAAUGCCAGGAGCAGAUGGUCCACCGGGUCACCCUGGAAAGGAGGGGCCUCCGGGAGAGAAAGGACACAUGGGCCCCGCUGGCCCUCAAGGACCCAUCGGUUAUCCUGGGCCCCGAGGCGUGAAGGGAGCCGACGGUGUGCGCGGUCUGAAAGGAAACAAGGGUGAAAAGGGUGAAGAUGGCUUCCCCGGCUUCAAGGGAGAUAUGGGUAUCAAGGGCGACAGGGGAGAGCUCGGACCUGCAGGACCCAGAGGAGAAGACGGUCCAGAGGGGCCAAAGGGUCGCUCAGGCCUCCCAGGAGAUGCUGGUCCUCUUGGCCCAAGUGGUGAGAAGGGUAAACUCGGAGUUCCCGGACUGCCAGGAUACCCAGGAAGACAAGGACCAAAGGGAUCUCAGGGUUUCCAAGGUUUCCCUGGCGCCAAUGGAGAGAAAGGAACUCGGGGAACAGCAGGAAAGCCUGGCCCACGCGGACAGAGAGGACCAACGGGGCCUCGAGGAGAGCGAGGGCCAAGAGGACCAACCGGAAAAGCUGGACCAAAGGGUAACUCAGGAAAUGACGGCCCACCAGGACCUCCCGGUGAGAGGGGUCUGCCAGGCCCUCAGGGACCAACAGGUUUCCCAGGACCAAAGGGGCCUCCUGGACCCGCAGGGAAAGACGGACUGCCUGGACAUCCUGGACAGAGAGGAGAGACUGGAUUCCAAGGCAAGACAGGCCCCCCUGGUCCCCCAGGUGUGGUUGGACCUCAGGGACCAACAGGUGAGACCGGACCAAUGGGAGAUCGGGGUCACCCUGGACCCCCAGGCCCACCUGGUGAGCAGGGUCUACCUGGAGCUGCAGGCAAAGAAGGAGCCAAGGGUGACCCCGGCCCUGCUGGCCCAGCAGGUAAGGAUGGCCCUCCUGGGCCUAGAGGUUUCCCUGGAGAGAGAGGUCUUCCUGGCCCUGUGGGGGCUCACGGCCUGAAAGGGAAUGAAGGUCCUCACGGUCCUCCUGGCCCUGCUGGUUCUCCCGGCGAGCGUGGUCCUGCUGGCCCAGCCGGACCUACAGGUCUUCCUGGACGUCCUGGCCCCCAGGGACCUCCAGGCCCUGCUGGAGAGAAAGGCGGACCGGGAGAGAAAGGACCUCAAGGCCCAGCUGGAAGAGAUGGUAUUCAGGGACCUGUGGGUCUGCCAGGACCCGGAGGACCUCCUGGACCACCUGGAGAGGAUGGAGACAAGGGAGAGCUGGGAGAGCCAGGCCAGAAAGGAAGCAAGGGUGACAAAGGAGAACAUGGUCCACCCGGUCCUACUGGCCCUCAAGGACCCGUUGGAGCACCUGGUCCUGCUGGUGCAGAUGGUGAGCCCGGUCCCAGAGGUCAGCAGGGUCUGUUCGGCCAGAAGGGAGAUGAAGGAUCAAGAGGAUUCCCUGGACCUCCAGGCCCAGUUGGGCUGCAGGGCUUGCCUGGUCCACCUGGUGAGAAAGGUGAAACCGGAGACGUUGGUCAAAUGGGUCCACCUGGUCCCCCUGGUCCUAGAGGCCCCUCAGGACCCCCAGGAGCCGAUGGCCCUCAGGGACCUCCCGGUGGUAUUGGAAACCCUGGCGCUGUUGGAGAAAAGGGAGAUGCUGGUGAAACAGGAGAACCAGGUCUUCAGGGAGAACUUGGCCCACCAGGUCCAAGAGGAGAGCGAGGAGAAAAGGGAGAGGGUGGUCCAGCUGGUGCAGCCGGGCCUCCCGGUCCUAAGGGUCCCCCUGGAGAUGAUGGUCCUAAAGGCAGCCCAGGUCCAAGUGGUUUCCCUGGUGACCCUGGCCCCCCUGGCGAGCCUGGUCCUGCUGGGUUAGACGGUCCAACUGGUGACAAGGGAGAUGAUGGAGAAGCCGGUCAGGCUGGUUCACCUGGACCCACCGGAGAGUCUGGUCCCUCUGGACCACCAGGAAAGAGAGGCCCCCCUGGAGCUGCAGGACCUGAGGGAAGACAAGGAGAGAAGGGAGCCAAGGGAGAGCCUGGCUUGGAAGGUCCCCAAGGAAAGACAGGUCCUGUUGGUCCUCAAGGAUCACCUGGCAAGCCCGGUUCUGAGGGCCUCAGGGGUAUCCCUGGCCCAGUUGGAGAGCAAGGUUUACCUGGUCCUCCAGGCCCAGAUGGACCUCCCGGACCUAUGGGCCCUCCUGGUUUACCUGGUUUGAAAGGAGACUCAGGUGUCAAAGGAGAAAAGGGCCAUCCAGGUCUCAUCGGUCUUAUCGGACCCCCAGGUGAACAGGGAGAAAAGGGUGACAGAGGUCUCCCUGGUCCCUCAGGAGCUGCUGGUCCCAAAGGAGACAACGGUAUCACUGGUCCCUCAGGUCCACUCGGUCCCCUGGGUCCUCCUGGAUUACCUGGUCCUCCUGGUCCCAAAGGAGCUAAAGGUUCAUCGGGUCAAACUGGACCAAAGGGAGAGAGUGGUGUACCUGGACCUCCUGGCCCUCCUGGCCCUCCUGGCGACGUUAUCCACCCACUCCCCAUCCAGGCUCCCAUUAAGGGCAGAGCGCGUAGGAACAUCGACGCCAGCCAGAUGGUGGAUGAUGCACCCAUGGAUGCCAACUACAAGGACUACGACGACGGCAUGGAGGAAAUCUUUGGCUCGCUCAACUCCCUGAAACUGGAGAUCGAGCAGAUGAAGCACCCGCUGGGCACACAGAACAACCCCGCUCGUACCUGCAAGGACCUGCAGCUCUGCCACCCUGAUUUCCCCGACGGUGAGUACUGGGUUGAUCCAAACCAGGGCUGCUCUCGGGACGCCUUCAAGGUGUACUGCAACUUCACAGCAGGUGGGGAGAGCUGCAUCUUCCCAGAUAAGAAGUCUGAAGGGAGCAAAAUGGCAAAAUGGCCCAAAGACUCGCCAGGCACAUGGUAUAGUCACUACAAGAGAGGUUCCCUGCUCUCCUACGUGGACGCGGAGGGCAACCCGAUCGGCGUGGUCCAGAUGACUUUCCUGCGGUUGCUGAGCGCGGCGGCCAGACAGAACAUGACAUACAACUGCUACCAGUCGGCGGCCUGGCACGACCUGGACCAGGACAACUACGACAAGGCCAUCCGCUUCCUGGGCUCCAACGAUGAGGAGAUGUCGUACGAUAACAAUCCCUACAUCCGCGCCCUGGUCGAUGGCUGUGCGUUGAAAAAGGGCUAUGAAAAGACAGUACUUGAGAUCAACACACCAAAGGUGGAACAGGUGCCGUUUGUGGACAUCAUGUUCAACGAUUUUGGCGGUUCCACGCAGAAGUUCGGAUUCGAAGUGGGUCCUGUCUGUUUCAUCGGCUAAGACUGUUUACUGAACAAAUGGAGAAAAAAAAAGCAUAUUUUUGUUUUCUCAGAAAAAACAACAUUUGAAAAAGAAUAGGACAAUUGUAUUUGUAAAAAAAAAAAAAAAAAGCUACUUUUUUUUUCCAUAAAGCAACAAGUAUGAGUAAAAUAAAAUCAAGUUGAGAAUACAGUGAAAUUCUUUUAGGAAUAGAGGAAAAAACGAAAUAACCUUGAAACCUCAGUGUGCCUUCUCCAUCACAUGCAAGUUUUGAAACUGGAUGUCAGAUCCUGCCUCCUACACAACUCCACACACAGACACAAACAAAAGACACACACACACACACACACACACACACACACACACACACACCUAGCCCCACGCCAUCAAACUUGAUUUUUGUUUGGUCCCAAGCAACGAAGGCGACCCUGAGAGCUGCAGCCGUUCCAGACGGUCGCAGUAUUUGCCAUGGACUCCAUCUGAUUUGGCUCCUUUCUCUUCUUUUAGUUCUGAUCUCAUGUUUUCCCUCAUCUCCCUGGCUUUUUUUCCACUUGUCUUUUUGUUGGUUUGUUUUGCUCAUUCACUACAGGAGCUUUUGUUUGUGCAUAAUUGUCUCCCCAUUCUCUUGGAAUGGAUCUUAUAUAAUAUAAAUAUAUAUAAAUAAUUUUUAUGUUUGUAAGUACAUUCUGUAUAUUUUUCCUGGUAAUGUUUAUUGCUUCUGGCUUCAAAACGUGCAUGUGACUUUAUGAAUUGUGAGGUAGGAGAUGGUGGAUACAGGGAUAACAUCGAAAAAUUGUAGAAAAAUAUCCAAAGUGAGGAAAUUCGACUUGUAAAUUAAAAAAAAAGAAGGAAAACAGAAACUAAAUUGGGGAAGUCCUGUCUUGUUGCAGUUGUGGAGCACAUCUUGUUGUAAUUUAAGAACAGAAUGGAAAUAAAAGACGAAAACAAGCUCUGUGAUAUUAUGUGACAGUUGAUUUGCAUAACAAAGAAAAAUAAUAAUAAUACAUUCCUCCUUUUGUGCCCUCUGAGCAGAACACCUACCUUGGUGGCGAUAUCAUUAACUUAAUAAACUGCUUCUAUUUUAUUUUUUUCCUGAAAUACUCAUCUAUCUGACUAUGCAAUGGGAGAUGAUAUCACAUUUAAAUGAAAAACACAAAGAAAUCAAAACCUAGGUGCUAUUUUCUCUCUUCUGUGGUGCUAUGUAUUUUUCUAGUUUGUGUUGUUUGAAUGAAAGGAAAUUUGUGCUGAUAAUAUUCCAUCACCAGCAGCCCCUUGACUCUCUUAUCCACCACAUCUGGCGCAGGUGGAUCUUUUGCUGCAUCCAUUUUCUUAUUUUUUUUUUAUUUUAUUUUGUUUUUGUUUUUUGUUUUUUUCAUAAAUGUCCAGUGGUGGCGUUUGCAUGCCGCUUCCCUACAUAUCCACUCACAUGAUCAGUGCAGCAUGGCGGCGUAUGUUAUCUCCUGCUUCCGGCGGACCGCACAGAUAAGAAAAGUGUCUGACACUUGUACCAAAUGUUGGAAAUACCGAAAAAAGGAAACUAGGAUGGCGCUGUUGGCUUUGCAUUAUCAUUUGCUCUAAGACGCUGCAUUUUAUUCCCCCACCCCCCCCCCCAGCCCAGCCCCCACCCCCCCACAGCUCUUGCUGUUGGAUCAUCUGUGCCACAUCAAACUGAUGGAGUUGACAAAUGGGAAAAGUUGUGAUUGGGCCAAAGCGUCUAAAGGGAUAUGGUGCGAUGUAUGAAAUCCUAAACCCUUCCAAAGGUUAUCACGUAUAUAUUUAGCUUUAAGUGGCUUGGAAUAUAUAAAUUUUUUUUUUCUUCAAUAUGGGAAACAACUUGAAAAGUGCUGUUUUCUGGAUUUAACCACGGUAGAAACAGGUCAUCAAAUUAGCCACGUGAAAGAGUUUCCUCAUGCAGUGUCAGAAAGUGAUGGCUGGUCUGCUAUUUUUGCCCUUAUUGUAAUUAUGCUCUUUGUUCAAACUAUGCACUCUCUAUGCUUAUGACCACUAGUAUCUACCACAGAAUUUUAACAGCCCUUCAUACAUAGGUUCAUUUUGUUUCCUUUUUUUUUUUUUUUUUUUUAAUCUUCAAAUAUGUGACUUGAACCAUUUCUGUUAAGAUAACUCGAUAUGCUUGUAGAUCUUUAGCUUCAUUCUUCAUUGUGAUGCAGUACACCCAAAUUUAACACUUCUGCUCUCAAUAAUAACAAAAAGGACAAACAAAUUUUUUGUAAAUUUCCAGAACCAGCAGUAAUGCUGCCAUUGUUUUUGUUUUGUUUUUGUUUUAUUUUGUAGAUUUUCUGUUCGUUUGUCUGUUUGUUUGUUUUCACAGUCUUGUCAAACCUGUGUAAGGAAAAGAGGAUAGAAGAUAUAUUGGUUUUUAUGUCAAUAAAUUCAAGUUUACUGUGGCCAUCCACUCUUGUAUGUCUUUUGAAGCAUUAAAACCUAUCUGUAUGCAUGAAAUUGUAAAGUUUUUUCUCUUGUUAUAAUUCUGUAGAGUGACAUGAUCUCCAGUCCACGUUUUAUUCAUCAGGAUACAUCCGUUUUUUUUCCAAUGCUACAGAUGAAUAAAAAAAGAAAAAAGGUCAUGUCCACGAUUGUUAAGUGGAGAGAAAAUGAUGAACUUGUAACUCUACCAAAGCCAAAUGUUCGUUUGUAGUAUAUUUAUUGUAUUAUUUAAAAUAAAAAAAUAAAUGUUAAAUGACACCAUA